AGGCGAUGACGCGCAGCGUAACCUGGGUGACGUCAUUACGUUGUUUAUGACGGGGCACUGUUGCUGCACGUAUCCUUACCUAGUGAGCUACUUUCAGAAGCAAACAAUUACGCAUUUGUUUCGCUUCCAAUGUGCAUAUUGUGGGACAUCAAGUGGAAACGGAUGGCCCUGCAGCAGUCUUAAGGAAACAGUAAUGCCAUAAAGAAAAGGAGCCAGGUUUCAAGUCUCCUCCAUCGCGGAGGAGAGCUUUCUUCAGAAAUGGCGACUGACCUCCAUGAGGCUAUUUUCAUGGCCAAGCAGGAGCGCCACAAAAACCUGUUCCUGAACUACAGAAACCUGAACAACUUCCCCGUGGAGCUGCUGAAGGAUGAAGGCCUGCAGUUUCUGGAGAGGCUGUACAUGAAGAGGAACUCACUCACAACGCUGCCUGAUAAUCUUGCUCAGAAGCUCCCAAAUCUAAUCGAACUGUAUUUGCACUCGAACAACAUAGUCAUUAUUCCUGAAGCGAUUGGGAACCUGGCGCGGCUGCAGUCUCUGGACCUGAGCAACAACGCGCUGCAGUUCCUCUGUCCGGAGAUCGGCCGGCUCAGAUCUCUGCGGCACCUCAGACUGUCCAACAAUCACCUGAAGAGCCUUCCUCCAGAGAUCGGGGACCUGCAGGAUCUGGAGACUCUGGAUGUGUCCAUGAAUCAGCUGAUGUCUCUGCCCGAACGGCUGCACCGCUGCGCCUCCCUGCAGAAUCUCACCGCCGACCACAACCUGCUGACCCACGUUCCCCGGCAGCUGUGCUGGCUGCACCGCCUCAACCAGCUCUCCAUGGCCGCCAACCGCCUCACCUUCCUGCCCCUCGAUCUGGGCCGAUCUCGAGAGCUGCAGUUUGUGUUUGUGGACAACAACGCAGACCUGAAGGGACUCCCCUCCUACCUGUACAACAAGGUCAUCGGCUGCAGCGGGUGCGGUGUGUCGCCCCAGGGGUUGCGAGGGGAGCUGGGGGAGGGGCUCGGGGACGCGCUGAGUCAGGCUCUGGUGGGGCUUCCUGCGGAGGUAAGGGUGGUGGGCUCAGAGGCGGAGAACGUGGUCCCCCUGGAGGAGCUCGCCCUGAGGGCCCUUCACCGCAUCUACCAUCACGGCACCACAGACCUGAGCCUGCCUCCCCCCAUCAGCCUCCCCCGGAGUCUCCUGCAGCUGCUGCACUUCCCCCUGGGUCACUGCCACCGCUGCAGCCAAACCAUGUUCACCACCAUCUACCCCAAACUGUUCCCGCUGCGGGACACCGCGCUGGCAGGGGUGCACCGCAGGACCACGGUGAGCUUUGUGGCUUAUUGCUGCUCCAGCCGCUGCCUCCGGACCUUUGACCUGCAGGGAUGAGGACAUAUUCCUAACACACACACACACACACACACACACACACGUCCAGAAGCUGCUGAGAUGUUUCCAGAAAGCGGCUCGUAUAGUUUGUGCAUCUUUAAAGAACAUUACUGAGAAACACAGAGAGGUUUUUGUGUCGACUCACGAUUCAGAAACGCACCAAAGACUUAAAGUGUGUGUGUGUGUGUGUGUGUGUGUGUGUGUGUGUGUGUGUGUGUGUGUGUGUGUGUGUGUGUGUGUGUGUGUGUGUGUGUGUGUGUGUGUGUGUGUGUGUGUGUGUGUGUGUGUGUGUGUGUGUGUGUGUGUGUGUGUGUGUGUGUGUGUGUGUGUGUGUGUGUGUGUGUGUGUGGGUUAACUAACAUGAUGACACCUGAAGUUACUAACGGCACUUUUUAACAACAAGCUCUGUUUGAUGUUUGUGAUCAGACGUUUUCAGUCAAAAAUAUUUCCUACUAAACUUUGUUUUACUGUAGAACGUCUGAAGACUUAAACUCACUGACAAAAGAACGUGCCAAGAUUCCACAUGUCAUCUUCAGCUGCAGGUAAUUCUCACAGGGGCUCUAUUCUGCUUUCCAGGGCUUUCCCUCUCCUGUAGUGUAGGUUUUGGUGCAUGUAAACGGUCUGCAAAGGCAAAAAUCUCAAAGUUCCGGAAUGACAUCACCGUGGUACACCAGCGCUCCGACACAUCGUAUGUGGCAGGCUAGGGGGGCAUCUCUAAGCCAAUCACAGCAGAGUUCAGCCAGCUAACCACCCAAUCAGAGCAGACCAGGCUCUGGUUUCAGGCAGAGGGUGAAAGAGGUGCUGCAGCUCAGGCAGGGUGAGAACAAUAAAGAGCUUUUUGAACAUCAAAGCAGAAAAAUGUGCAACUUUUUAAAGUCAUUUAUACAAAUCAGAUACCUGGGAAACGAGCCACGGAUUUGAGUUUUCAGCGUCAGUCAGAACGGCAGAUUUAACAUGCUAUUGACAUGUUUAAGGCUAAGGUUUUAUCUCAAAAGGAGUCACUUGCAUUAAAUAAAUGAUAUCAAAAUGAUCCAAUUGUUGAAAUUAGUAA